AGUGAUGAAAAUGAAAAGUGAUGUAUAACGAGUGACGAAUACCAUAAUACUGUGAAUAAUUGUUUCACUAGGAAGAUCAACAGUGCAGUAUUCAACCAAAUGGACCUAUAAUGCUAACAAGCUUGUAAAUAUUGUACUUUACAGAAGUUGUUAUACAACUAAUUAAGUGUUUAACGCAACUCAUUAAGUCAUUCAAGUCAUUUGUCAGAAUAACUAAACAUCUUUUUUAAACGAAGCACCAUUGGACAUUUACAUAGUUAUCAGUGUAGUUAUUAUAAUAGAAAUUAUCAGUUUUUAAAAGUUUGUUUAAAUACGCUGUAAUAUAUAUUUCUAUUUUUAUUCAUUUUGAGCAAUUGUUAUUAUUAAUUCCGAAAAUUUGACGAUACAUAAGUUUUAAUUUAAUUUCAAUAAUCCACAAAGUACUUAAUUUUUUUUUAGGUGCAUGGACGACACAAAAUUAAACAAAUAUAAUGCAGCCCCAAUUAGUUACAACUCCAAGAAAACUACCAGUGUUUGUAUUUCCUCAAAGUAUCACUUUUUUUUUAGACGAUCAGUCUACUCACAAACAAGUCUUAACUUUGUAUAACCCAUAUGAUUUUCCAAUAAGAUUUAAAGUAUUAUGUACUGCACCAAAUAAAUAUAAAGUUGUUGAGCCUGAAGGAACAAUAAAAGCGAGAUAUUGUAUUGAUAUUGUUGUCAGACAUACAGCUCUUGUGUUUAGUAAUUGUAAUGUUGUUGAUAAAUUUAGAAUACAAAUGCAAGAACAUCCAACUAAACAGGCCAUAGGACAAAGAGAUGUUGAAGCUAAAUUACUUCCUGGAACAACAGAAGCAGCUGGAAGAUCUACACCAGAUCCUGAAAUGUUUCAACAGCUUCCCAUAAAUGAAACCAGACAGCAACAAUCAUAUGCUCUUAUAGCUCAAAAUAAAGCCAUUGAUAAAUACACACUGAAACCACCAAGAUCAAAACAUGAUUUAUUUCGUGGAAAUAUUCAAAAUAAGAACACAGAAAUUUACUUAUCUUCAGAUAUGAAUUAUGUUACGGAUAAAGGAGGGACAAAUUAUGUAGCACUGAUUGCUGGAAUCAUUUGCAUAGUUGGAUUGCUCUUACCUACAGAAGGAGAGCAGAAUAAUAGAGUGCCUGAUUAUCUUCAUCUCUCCAUAAACUUUAAAUUAAUAUUUUCAUUUGUAUUGGGUAUGGUUACAAUUAUUAUUUUAAGGUUGUAAUUUCUGUCUUUAUAUAUACAAAACAAGCUUUAUAUAAUGAUUAGAAUCAUGAAAUAAAAGCACAAUUAAUGUUA